CACUGGGACGGCGGAGCCAUCGGAGCCUUAGUUAGUGUGGCGACCGUUUCAGGGUGCAGUGCCGAAUGCGUUCCGCGGAUUACUGAAACUCGGUAUCGCCAGCUACAGGAAAUGUAUUUUACAUCCCCCGCUGAAGGCACCUGGAUUUUGUGAUCUUGCCGCAGUUUCGCAUGCGGGCAUCUGCGUGCUUUUUGCGCUUCUGAAGGGAGGAUUGCGGCGAACGGCGAGCCGCUGCGUCGACGGAUGCGCGCCUGAGCGAGCCGGCGGUCCCGCGCGCGAGCCCACCGCCGAGGAGCGCGCGCCACUCCGCGGUCCCCAUGGAGCGCCAUUGCAGCCUCCUGUCCAUUUGGCUGCAGCUGGAACUGUGCGCCAUGGCCGUGCUUCUCACCAAAGGGGAAAUCAGGUGUUACUGCGAUGCACCGCACUGUGUGGCCACAGGGUACAUGUGCAAAUCUGCACUAAAUGCCUGCUUCACAAAGGUGUUGGACCCUCACAAUGUGAACUCGCCCCUCACUCAUGGGUGCCUGGACCCCCUUGCUGCCAGCUCCAUGGAUGCCACCUGCAUUCCCAAGCAGGAGGAUCUUACCGGGGUCUCUUCCACACUGGAGUGCUGUAAUGAGGACAUGUGUAAUUACAGAGGACUCCAUGAUCUCGCACAUACUAGAGAAGCUUCAGACCACAAUGGCAGAUUUCAGCCAGAGAGCAACAGGCACCUCAUCACCAGGGUACAAGACCUGGCAUCAACCAAGGAAGUGUGGUUCCGGGCGGCAGUUAUAGCUGUUCCAAUAGCUGGUGGCCUCAUCCUGGUGCUGCUCAUAAUGCUGGCCCUGCGCAUGUUGCGCAGUGAGAACAAACGGCUGCGCGACCAGAGGCAGCAGAUGCUGUCGCGCCUGCACUACAGCUUCCAUGGGCACCAUGCCAAGAAGGGCCACGUGACCAAGCUGGACCUGGAGUGCAUGGUUCCAGUGAUGGGUCAUGAGAACUGCUGUCUGACCUGUGACAAAUUGAGACAGUCAGACUCGGGCAACGACAGAAUCCUGUCGCUUGUGCACUGGGGGAUGUACAGUGGACACGGCAAGCUGGAGUUCGUGUGAUCCUUCUUGUGGACAGAGAUGAGACUUUGAACCUGUUUCUGUUUAAUUUUUUUAUAUGUAAAAAUGACAGCAAGUCUCAUUGGCUUGCUGCAGAGCACUUUACUUGAAUUAAAUGCCGACUGGAUGAGUAAGAGCUGUAAUUUAACUUGAGAGGGUAGGAGAAGCUCUGUAGGCUCAGCGGAUCCUGGACUUCUUACUGACCACUGAAGGAUUCCAAAUUGUUCUUAUUUGCACAUUUGUAUAAAGAGGAAACAGAACAUAGGUUGUUUUUGCUUUAAGAGAAGCUAAGUAGAGGAAAUUCACAUUGAUGCCAGGGUACAAAACUUUGAGGAGUUAAAAAAAAAAAAAAAAUUCAGUGUUAUCUGUAGGUGUGCACACUCCUCUCUGUAUGUCUGAUUCAGUUAAUGUAAAGAUUUUAAAUAUAUUUUUUGUCGGAUAACUAUUUUUGUCACGUUCCUUCUGUGGUUGAAUGAC